GUAUAAACUAGUUGUGAAUUGCGAGUUUGGAAGAUGGGUAGAUGACAAGGCAGUUUGAAAGCUGAACCACAGAAAAUGGAAGAGUGAAGGUAGACCACAAAUGAAAUAAGGCAGUGUGAUAUGGUGGAAGAGUGAGAAAUGAAAGGUAUUGUGAUAUUACCGUUCUGUUCUCCCAUGGCUUUCGCAGCAGCUCCUCUUAUCCAGGUUGUAUUAUACGGAAAUCCCAAGUUUUUGUUUUUGAGGAGUACUGCUCGUUGCACGGUCCACGCCUCUCGCAGACCACCACCCCCUGGGCCUGGAGUUGACACCAGAAUCCAUUGGGAAAACGAAGAUGAAGGUUGGAUUGGAGCUACCAAUACCAAACACCAACAGACCCACAAACCCAAUAACAACAUGUUACAGGCUGAUGACUUUCCUGAUUUCCUCACCGCUUCUUUAGGUUCUCAUUACGAAUUCUUGGGUGUAUCACCAGAUGCGGAUGUAGAAGAAAUUAAAGUUGCUUAUCGGAAAUUGUCAAAGGAGUAUCAUCCCGACACAACUUCCCUGCCUCUCAAAACUGCCUCAGAAAAAUUCAUGAAAUUAAGAGAGGUUUACAACGUUCUUAGCAAUGAAGAGAGUCGAAAGUUUUAUGAUUGGACCCUUGCUCAAGAGGCUGCAAGCCGCCACGCAGAGAAGAUGAAAAUGAAAUUAGAAGAUCCUCGCCAGCAACAACUCAAGAACUGGGAACCUGUUCCAGACAUGGUUGACCGCCUUGGUGGAAGGAAUAUGAAGCUUAGUGAUCAGGCAGUUUCGGCCAUCACCAUUGAUCUCUUUAUCAUUGUUUUUGCCCUAUGUUGUAUCAUAUAUGUUAUUUUCUUUAAAGAACCCUAUUACUACUAGUAUUGGCUAGUUAACCAAUUAUAACACCCUAUAUGUUAUACGACAGAAUCAAUUAAUAUAAAACAUUACAAGAUUUCUCCACAAUGGGAAAA